AUUGGGCUUAUUUUCGGAGAUAAUUUUGCCGAACGGUGCGAUUAUCAUAGAUUAACACUCAGACAAACCAAAAUUAUGUCUGUGUAUGCAAAAAUAAUAGAAGCACUUCUCUUCAGUCAUACGGCAAUGCUAUGUAUUCAUACAAUUCCUUUCGAUGGCGAAAUCAUGGCAUGUAGUCCGAUUGAAGAUUUUGGUGGACCAGACAACGCACCAUUCAUGAAAGGAAUAUUUGCCUGCUUUUCCUUCAGCAUGGCAUUACUGGCACAAAAUGGAAGAAGGAUAAACUUGUGUACGAUCUCCGAAAUUCCGGUUAUCGCGGAGAAAAAGAAAAAAUCCGCAAGAAACAAAACACAAUGCGAAACUUCAUUUUAAUAAUGUAUUGCUUCGUUUUGGUUCCCUAUGUAAUUAUAUUAAGUUAUGCAAUUAGCAAUGUCGUGGAACGUAAAUCGAGUUACGGAAGAGCUCUCGUUUGCGCCGUUUAUAUUAAUGUCUGUUUCAUUUACGAAUUUGCUCUAUGCAUGUGGGCGAUGUCGGUUAUUCAUGUGGCGGCAUUUGCGAUCAUCGAAAGAUUUAACGUUCUGUCUCGUCGAUUGCAACGGCUUUUCUUUAAAUGUUCGAAGCGAGAUAUCCACAAUUUAAUUUGUAAGCAUGUCGAAUUGUGCGAUUUUAUCAAACAGGUCAACGAUAAGUGGAACGAAUAUAUGUUUAUUGUUUACGGUUCUUUGCUUACUUCGGUGUGCUUUUUCAUCUACAACACUGUAUUUCCUGAUAUGUCGCUACCCUUGUAUGUCAUAAUGUGCCUUACCACCAUUCUUGCUGUCACUAUUGCCAUUGUUGCUUCUUUUGUUACAUCUCGCUUUUGUAUAGCCGCUUAUGACUCGUUUCAAGAAAUAAGAAUUAUGAGUGCAUUACCUCUCUCUUUAACAGAAAAGCUUAUAAUUAUAUUUUAUUUCAUGAAGAGAUUUCGAGAGAACUCUAUUGGUUUCAAUAUUGGAGAUUGUUUCAUACUCUCUAAAGAAACUCCUGUUGAGGUGUAUAAUGCAUUGAAUACUAUUUUCAAGAUGAUGUUAGAAAUUCGUAAUAUAAUGAAGGGAAAAAGUUCACAUUGCAUCCCAAGAAAUGCAUCAUUACCAUUUUACAACACCGGUAGCAUCGAUUAG